GACACUUACAGCAGGACCAGGAACCACUGCGAAUUCAAACCCUGAAGAAGAGACUUCAAAAAAAUUUGAGCAAGAGGAGCUGACAAGGUGUUACAAAGAAAAAGGGAUUCUGACAUGCACUGGCAGAAAUCACCGAAGGAGAAGCCGUGUUACACUCUGCCUACAGUGAAGAAACUCCUGGAGCAGAAGAGGAAGAGGGAGACCUCCUUGACAGCAACAACCAGUACCAGUGUCCCCACUGCCGCUGUCCUCUCCCAACAGGUGUCAACACCAGAGAAGUCUACCUCAACAGGUGUAGCCAGCAGCUACUCAGACAUGGCAGUGGGGUAUGAGAGAUGGGUUUCUAUGGAUGAGCACCAAGCCCCCUUGGCCAUACAGGAAGGACCAUUCUCCCCUAUGGGGAUCAAUUACUUCUCCAGCCCAUCCACCUCAAUGGACUACAGUCACACUCCGGCCUACAGCCGUCCGAUGGCCUCCAGCUACAACACACAGCAGAUUCAGGACUACCCAGACACCACGAUGCCUCAGCAAUUUACGGAGUGUCCAGUGACCGAGGCUGUGUCUAGUUUGGUUCCUUCUGGGCCCCUGCAGACCCCUGUCUACUCCUGGUCGUCGGGGGCCCUGGGCCCCACAGAGCCUGUCCAGCAGGUGUUUAGUGGCCAGAUGGAUGUCACCAAGCUGGAGGAAGCCAGGAUGUUCCUCAGAGGGAUGGACUACAGCAGAACCACCUGGCAGGAUGAUGACGGAGACACGAUUCUGCAUAUCUACACAGCCAAGGGCCUGAGGGAGUAUGCAUUUGCUGCAGCAGAGAGGCUUGCUGAGCUUGGUAGGCUAGACUCCAAGGAACACAAGGGGAAGACUGCUUUGCUGGUGGCGGUGACUGCUAACCAUCCGGAAAUCGUCCAGGAUCUGUUGUCUUUAGGAGCAGAUAUAAAUGCCUGUGAUGUCAAAGGUCAAACAGCACUUCAUCUUGCUGCCACCUAUGGCUUCCCCAGGGUUAUGCAGGUUAUUCUCUCCUUUGGGCCUGGAGUGAACCUUGAGGCUCGCAAUUUUGAAGGUCUGACUCCUCUGCACUGUGCAGCCAUCUCCCACGGUGGCACCAUGAAGACUCUCUCCUCCCUCUCCUCCACGGGGCUGGGUGAUGCCAGCCUCCAUGCCCUGGCAGAGGAGAAGCUCUCCUGGCUGCAGAUGCUGCUCAACACCGGAGCCUCCCUGACCAGCCAGGAAAUCAAAAGUAACAAGACUGUUCUUCACCUGGCUGUGAAGGAGGGGAACAUCCACCUGGUCCGCUACCUGCUGAAGAUCCCCCUGGCCAACAUGAGGGACUUUGUCAACAUGAAGGCCCACGGUCAUACCGCGCUGCACAUGGCCGCUGGUCUCCAUGGCAGCCCACACCAAGAGGAGAUGCUGAGGCUGCUGCUUAGCCGAGGGGCCGACCCCAGCAUCCGCAACCUGGAGAACGACCAGCCUGCACACCUGCUGCAGAGUGGACUCCAUGGGGAACAGCUCAAGCUUAUCCUGAAGAAGCGAAGUGCUUCCUCUCGUCGACGUGUAAUGUCCUUACAGGACCAAGAGUGACCCGGACUACUUUUUAUGUCCCUGUGUAUCCCUCCGCCUCUUUUCAGAGGAAGUACUGAAGGUCUGUACUGUAGGUUGAAUCCAGACAUCUGUACUUCCAAGAGUGAGGGAUUCUAGCGUAUCUUCAUGUGAGGAUUUUCAAACACCGCAAAUCUCUAAUAUAUACUAGGGCAUUCACUUUGAAACGAUUGUUGUUUCAUUGACAUGAUUUUGGUCACUAUCUGAAUUCAGUUAGCUAUGACGUGUAUGCAUUUUUCUAGCUUAAUGGGUAGCUAUUUUAUGUUGUUUAAUGGCUAGCUAGUAAUGAGCAGUGGUAACAGGUGGGAUUCCAGUGCCCCCUGAUAUUACUGUCACUCAGUACAACCUUGAUUUCUAUGAAAUCGUUAACAUUAUAGUCAA